AUGACUCGAGUCCUUCUCACUGGCAAGCGCGGCAGUGGCUUCAUUGCAACUCAUGUACUGGAGACUCUCCUUGCAAGAGGCCACUCGGUUGUGACCACCGUUCGAUCCCAGCAAAAGGCGCAAGCUAUUCUCGAUGCUCAUCCACAGCUAUCAAAAGAUCGACUAGAUUGUGCUAUCGUGGAAAAUAUGGCCCGAGUUGACGGUAGGGGAUCUCUAUCCAUCACAUAUGCUUUCCUCAAGCUAACAAUUGAUCUAGCGUUUGACGAUGCGGUGGUAUCUGAGCUUCCCUUUGAAGCUGUCAUUCAUACCGCUAGCCCUUAUCACUUCCAUGCCAAAGAUGCGAAAGAAUUACUGGAGCCAGCGAUUAUUGGAACGACGGGGAUUCUCAAAUCUGUGCAGAAGCAUGCUCCUUCAGUCAAGUGUGUCGUCGUGACUUCUUCUUUCGCAGCAAUCAACAAUAUCUACGCCAAGGCUAAGGGCAAAGUAUACUCCGAGGCCGACUGGUGUCCGAUCACCGAGGCACAAGCCAACGACAAUCCCGCGAAUGCGUAUCGGGCUAGUAAGACAUUUGCUGAACGAGCAGCGUGGGACUUUAUCAAGAAUGAGAAUCCCUCAUUUAACCUUACCGUCAUCAAUCCACCACUGGUCCUGGGCCCCGUUGCACACAACCUCGCCUCUCUAAGCAGCCUCAACACCUCUAAUGAACGUAUUCGGGAUCUCAUCACUGGUGCAGCAAAGGAAAGAUGUCCGCCGACAGGUAACUAUCUCUAUGUCGACGUGCGCGACUUAGCACUAGCGCAUGUUCUCGCGAUCGAAAAGCCCGAAGCUGGCGGUAAACGUUUCUUCACGGUAUCGAGCCAUUUCUCCAACAAAGAGAUCGCAGAAAUUAUUGGUCAGGAGUUUCCACAAUUCAAGGAUCGACUGCCUUCAGGCGAGGCUCUCAUUCCAGGGGAUUAUCCGGUCGAUGGAGUGUAUGGCUUUGAUAACUCGCGAGCCCGCGAGAUCCUAGGUGUACCGUUUCGGCCACUCAAGGAGAGUGUGGUAGAUGCAGUACACAGCUUGCUGGCUUUCGAUCCGAAGAUUGGUAUUCAAUAA